AUGAGACUCUACAACCUGCAGGGAGAGGUUGUAAAGUCAAUCCAAACUAAGACUCUCCAAGGGCCAAGGCACAUGUCAGUGACAAGGAAUGGAGAUCUAGUUGAUGAAGAUGCUCGAACUGUAAACAUAGUAAAGAAUACACAGAUACAUAUCAGAGUCAAGGUCAUAAGACUACGUAGGUGGAUACCUCUUUAUGUCUGUAGUACCUCGUUUGGAGACUUCUUGAUUGUAAUGGACAGUGAUGAUGAAAGGCAAACAAAAAUUGUGCGUUACUCUGGCUUCAAAGAAAAACAAAGUAUUCAGUACAAUCCCAUGGGACAUCCUUUCUAUGUAUCUGGAUUUUCCCCUAAAUUUAUAUGUGAGAACAGAAACCUAGACAUCUGUGUGGCUGACCUUAGAGCCGGUGCUAUAGUGGUGGUCAGUCAGGCCGGACAUAUCCGGUUUACCUACACCGGUCCUUCCUCCAAAACCAGGAAAACAUUUAGUCCAAUCGGCAUUACUACAGACAGCCAGAGUCGAAUACUGACUACAGAUAGUUACAACAACUGUAUCCACAUUCUAAACUACGACGGACAGUUUCUCUGCUACAUUGACAACUGUUACUUACAGGAUCCACGUGGUUUAUGUGUGGACACCAGGGACAACCUCUUUGUCGCCGAAAGGUCAGGUAGAGUGAAAAAAAUCAAAUACUGCAAAUAAUUAAACUGUGUGAUUUAUAUAAGAUCAAUACACAUGUAAGUUUACUUAUACUGUUGACUUGACUUAGUGAAUAUUAUUUGUGAACAGUAUAUAAUAUGUAAAGAGUCUGAAUGAGAUCUUUAUUUUCGCAACUUACUUUGUGAAAAUGAAAUGUGUAUAUAUAAAGUACAUGUAUCAGAAUGUUGAUCAAAUAUUUUGUAAUGUCAGUUGUAUAUUGGCGUUUUUCAUCUAAUAAGAAACUUUUGAAUAUAAUUAUAUCAUAUAAUCAUAAUUAUAUCUCUAAUGUUCUUUUGCAAUUGAGCUCAGUAAAAAGAAUUUUACAGACGUUGGUUAUUAAAGAUUUUAAAAAUCAAUUAAUCCUUGUCUCAUGUUGACUUUAUGUUCUAGCUGUGUUAAUAUAAAACCUACAGAUCUUUUGAUAAUCCUUGAUCAUCAAUUUCAAAAACAGAAUUAA